AUGGCAAAACCAGAAACGGCCCCAGCAACCUUUGUAGUUGACGAAAAUGGCGCUGAAGGGGCGAGCGUUCCAGUUGUCGUUGAUUGGGAAGGAGAUGACGAUGCUGAGAAACCAACAAAUUGGUCAGUGUCGAAGAAGUGGAUCAACGUCCUUCUCAUGUCAACACUCACCCUGAUCUCGCCAUUCGGCUCUUCAAUGUUCGCACCCAGUACGAGCGAGACAAUGAGAGAGUUUCACUCCACCAACGUGGAUCUCGAAUCCUUCAGUGUUUCCAUCUUCGUGCUUGGCUAUGCUUUCGGACCUUUGAUUCACGGACCUUUGAGCGAGCUUUACGGCCGGCUAAUUCUCUACCACAUCAACUCCCUCCUCUUUAUCCUAGCCAAUGUUGCUUGCGCACUGUCAAUUUCACUACCGAUGCUCAUCGUCUUCCGUCUCAUCACUGGCCUCGUUGGUUCCUGCCCGUUGGCUAUCGGUCGAGCUAGCGUCUCGGAUUUGUUUAUCCAGGAGGAACGAGGAAAGGGGCUUGCGGUCUGGAACCUACCAGUGCUUUUAGGGUAG